UUCUGUAGGUGGUUUACACAUACGAGGUAUUUGUUUCGGUAUAAGUGGUGCAUACAGAGACACAGAAAGAAGAAUAUGUAGUAAUGAUUAAUAAAUAGUACUUUUAUAAAAGCUAUUUAAAAAAAACAACAAUUGUAACAAAUGAAAAAUAAUGACAAUAUUUACCCAAAAUAUAAUAAUGUGGGAAACUGAGUACAAUAAAGAUGUAACAAAAUAUGACUUUACUGUAUACUAUAUUCAUAUAUGCCAUACUACUUCAGUUGCAACAAUACACCUAUAAAAUAGCAGAUUUUCGAGUCAAAUCACUUGUGGAUGUGCACCAUAUAUGAAGAAUGGUCAUACCUAAAUAUAAUUAUAAAUCAUAUCUGUGCAAAAUAACUUGAACAGAUCACAGUCAAAGAAAAAAAAUCCUUACAAAAAGUACAUGUAGGCUAUAGUAUCUCUCCAACGUUGCCUACUAUACUUGAGUAAACAAAAGGUACUUAUACUAUGCAAUUAAUAUGCUUGUAACAUAUUUGUAGGCUGUCAUCAUUUCAUUAAUCUGCGUAAAAUAUGUUUGUACUUCCAUACAUGAGAAUUAUUCAUAGGCUGUAUGAUAUGGGAAUUACUUUGCGUUGUACUCGUGCAUAAAUGUCACUUCAUAAAAAUGUCCCAGCAGUUGUUAUUGUUUUUUUUUUUUUAAUGAAAUGAUAUUAUACAACAAAAGCCCGACAAUUUUACACAUUUCUGAAACCUACAAUUCCUGAAAGACCAGUUUAGGAAAAAUACAACUUUGUGGUGUACUUGAAGGCAUCACUAACGCUGGCGAAGUGGUCGGGUCCUGAUGACGAGCAAAGCCGUCGACAGUCGUUCUGGAGUCGUGUCUGUGUGUGUUUACAUCCUGUGUGUGUGUAUGUGUGUGUGUGUGUGUGUUCCUUGUUUUUAUCUCUAUCUUUACAUUAAAGUAGUUCAACAUGACGACUGCGUCUAGAAGGCGCGGAGAGAUGGAGCCGUACCGUGCUGCGGUGACGUCAGACUGCGAGAAGCUGCUGAGUCGUUUCCAUGAAACUGACUCUGUCCGAUUCCAGGUUUUCUCCAAGAUAUGGAGGGAGAUGAAUUUCUCUCAGAUCUUCUACGGCACUGUGAAUCACCAGAAGCGAGCGUUCAGCCGUCUGAUCCUGGACUCGGCAUACAGCUUCUUCCUGCCUCCCUUCAGCUUCCAGAUCCGGGUGGGAGGACUUUACCUCCUGUACAGCCUGCACCAGAGUCAGACUGCAGCGCCGCCGGAGCAGAUCCGUCUGGCAUUGAAGGACUGGGAGGACGUGAAGAAGUUUGAGAAGGACGCCAUGGACGCUCAGCACCUCGACGCCAUUUACAUCCUCCGACAGCUGAUGCUCAAAAAAGCUUUUCACUUCACGGCCAUGCCCACUCAUCUUGCCUUCAAAAAGCUGAGGAAGAAGGAGGUACCGGCGCUGUGUGAGAAGUUCAUUGAGCGCGCGUGUCGUCCGCAGGAGUUCAUCAACAACGAUCUGCUGGAGGAAUUGUCCAACAUUCACGAGCUCUACGGGAACCUGAAGUCCUCUGUCUCCGAGACGUCAAAGGAGUCGUCCGUCAACCUGAUCCGUCAGGACCUCAUCCCUCGGCUGCGCAGAACUGUGGUGGAUUUCCAUAACUGGCAGCACAGGAAGGGUGACUCUGAGGAAGAGGAAGGCAGUGGCGAGGGAGCGUCAUCUCAGCAGGAUUGCUCCAGAAGAGCCGGGCUCAUCGCCUCCAUCAAGUCAAAGGCGUACGGAGAGGCACCAGAGGCACGGAGGUCGCGGCGUCAUCGGCAGGUUGAGGUGGAUAUAACGAGCAGCGUGGCCGGAACCUGGAAAUCGCCAGCUUACAUCAGAAGAAAGAUAGCGUCACUGAGAGUCAGAACCAAUGAGAGCCUACAUGUCUCGGAUGACAUGCAUAAAGGAGUCGCAUCGGCGAGUAAGAUCACCCAUCUCACCUCACUGGGCUUUGCUGCUGAAGAUACACCAAAUAGACUGAAUGGUGGGAAAGACAGGAUAAGAGUACCAUCCUGAGAGGAGCUGUCGAUUAGAACGUUUGUUUUAAAGCGAGUUUAUGAUCUUGUCGUUGCAGGGAAUGUGUUUCUUUAAGGUUUGAAGGUUAUUUGUGGUUUUAUGUGGCUGAAACUGAAACAAACAAAUGUGUGUUUUACUGAAAACAUACUAUGACUCGAUGUUUAAAAUGUUGAAGGAAUGUUUUACAGCCAUCACUUGUUGAAUGUUGACCGUUUAUCUGCCGCUUUUGUUCAUUUUAGUCCCAAUUUGGUUGAACUUUUGCCUUUGACAGUAAAGGCAGCGAUGGUUGUGUGUGUGUAUACAAAGUGAAGUCUUUC